GCUGCUCUAUUUGCGCGUCGCCUCAGCUUAGAGCGAGAGCUAGCUGGAGCUAUUAGCACGGCCAUGUCCUAAGUCGCAUUCACCUUGAUCGAAUGGUUGAAACCACCGCGGCAUACCCCUUCAUAGCUACCAGAUCAAUCCAGAACGCAAGAAAGAGCCGAGUCUGAACCUGCGUUCCCAAGUCCUCGAGCGAUGAACUCGUAUCCCGCCGAGUUUCUCGCCCACCAUGCGCCACUCAUGUUUGUGGCAGGCUUAGGUACCAUAAGUCCUGCGAAAGAAGCUGGCACGUCCAAGUCGGAGCAGGACAAACAGAGCAGGAGCCGAAGCGGGACCGUCACGCAGAACCACUUGACGACGUCCGAGUCUACCAGCCUGGCGGCAUCUACCGAAGCGCUCAAGCUCAGCGGAUCCGAGCAAGGGAACCAGACUCCUGAAAAUCGAUCGAGAGCGGGCAGCGUCGUGGACUCUACCUUGCAAACCUCAUUCGGCAGAGAUCGAGCCGACUCGACCCUGUCUACCAGAGGUUCACCCAACCCUGCUUCGGGCGCUUUGUCGACAGCUCCUUCGCCUACCGCAUUGACCGACGAGUUUGAGAUACUCAAGGACCAUCUGAGGAAAGCUUUUCAUCGUGAUUCGGGCAAGGCCAAGGUCUGGCCGGACGAUAUCAGGCCGGAUGCCGAGGGCAAGGUGGUCAGGCCAUCAGGUGCGGCCAUGUCCGAAGGGGGGAAACAGGCUCCUAGGAGGAUGGCAUGGCGGACCGUGCUGGUCGACAAGACCAUCCGACUUCCUCCAAAAAAGGUCGCACCAAGCGCUGCAGCGACGUCGCACCUCGAUUCACCAAUGAUGCACUCGAAUACUCCUCAUUCUUCUCUUUCUCCAUUGACACCAGGGUCCGUUGCCUAUCCAGAUGGUCUCAUCACCCCCACCUGGGUUCGAAAACACUCCGAGAUCUUGCCUAGCGUAUUUGUCCAUUUCGCUCGGUUGUACGAGCAUUCGUUCUCCGGGGACCAGGCGGCUCGAUCGUCGCCAACGCAAGGCUCUGGAGGGAGGUCUAGAGCAGGAUCGCUCCUCGAUGCAACGGAUCCGAUCAAUGUCCCUAUACCGCCUACACCCGCUCCUUCCUCGCCUUCACUAAAAUCGGCCAAGCCCGCCUCGGACCCCUUGAACGUGACAGGGUCGACUAAAGAGCUGGAGAAGCAACGGAGGGAAUCCGAGAAGCGUGCGGACGAGGAACUUGUUAAGGAGAUUGCGGACCGACGGAAGAAGUUGGUAGACAAGGUCACGGGAAUCAAAAUGACGGUCGUCCUCAUGGCCAGUCGGGAUGCAUUGGAUGAUACCGGUUUGGAUUCUCGUCUGAGCUUCAUUCGACGCCAGAGCGGAUUAGACACCAAGGCUAGCCUCUUCGUCCUGACGCCAGUCAGUGACGACGAGCUGGAGGAAUUCGUAGCUAGUCUCCGGGAAGCCUUAUACGAACCAUCGCAAGAGUUCUAUGCGAACCAUUACAAGCGCAACCGAAGAAAACGGGGUCGUCUACCUUCUAAUCCUAACCAAUUGCCCUACCCCGUUUCUGUCCCCCCUGGGACAAAGGUUCUCUUGUCGUCAGGAUGGGCGGCUCGAUAUGACUACAAAGCGGGACUCUUUGCAGAGAUGAGGGGCGAUUUCGAUAUCGCACGCAGAGGAUACGAGGACGCAUGGUAUGGUUUGACCAACUUGUUCUCGUCCAUGAGCACAAUGCCACCUCGGAGUAAAAGAUGGGCAGAAGCCAAAGUACUUGCGGACUGUACAGCUCAAAAGAUCUGCAGAUUGUAUUUGUACUACCAGGACACUUCGGCCGCUUUGACAUUCUUCCAGCAGCAUCUCAGUCAAUACACAACCUUUUCGCGGAGCUGGGGUAUCGGCAACGAUACAUUCGAGUUUUGGGCAUGGAUGGGCAGACAAUAUCGCAUGUUUGCCGAAUUGCUUGAAUUGGCUAUGCAGGCUGGAUUAAAGUUGGAUAGCUCGCUGCCAGCAUAUCUACCUAUGAGCCCAACUUUACAGUCACCAGGCGGCACGCCCGUCCUAGAAAGCGUACUCGUCUCUUCGAACGCACCGUCCGCCGUGCUUCAGCAUCCGGGAUACUAUUACUACGCUGCAGCCGACUGCUCUGUUCAGCGACUCGCAAGGUUUAGGGAAUUGAGUGGAAUGACUACCGUCUCGGACGGUACGAUUAGCGAGACAAAGCCGCAAAAGUUACCAGCUUCUGCUCCUGGCUUAGCCAACGAACAGAAAGUUGACCACACAGCGUUGAUAGUAGAGCUAUUCACAAAGGCGUACAGUCAUUUCAAGCAAUACGAAGGGGGACAAGCUCGUAUGAGCAUCUACAUCGCUUACCGUAUAGCCCAAUCCUACGCAGAAGCGGGGCAUGACGAGCUGACAAUGAAGUAUUGCCAACGAAUCAUGAAGUCAUAUGUCAACGAAAAAUGGGAUCCAGUGGUCUGGUCCAUACAGGACUUGUGGUACGAGGCUGCUCGCCGAACGGGCUCUGUCGAUACUGCCGUCCGCCUUCUUUUCAGCAUGAUGGCUCCAGGGGGAGGUUCGCAGCCGGAAGAGCAAUCCCAAUAUACAGACGACUUGCAAGCCCUUUUCGCGACGACGGCUUCUGAGGAGGAUGCUCUGGACAUCGAACUUUCUAAUCAAGUGCGGCCAUUGUUCAAUGUUUCCGCAUCCUUCCUACGGGAGAAGGCCAAUCUCGAGGAGGCCGUGGGCUGUGUGGCCGAAGUCACUAUGCCUCUAGAUGCACAAUUGAAGGAGCUGGACUUGUCAAGCGUGUUGAUCACCUUUUCGGACGACACUCCCGGUUGGAUCGUGCAGCACGACCCAAGCAUGCCUUGGAAAGAUGUUGUGCCAGUGGUCGCUCCCCAAUCUGAAGCGACAAAGGCGAAUCUCAAAUUUUCCCCCGGCGCAGUCUUACAACUUGCAGGCAAAGUCGCUGCCUCAACGCCAUCGCAAAUCCAGGUCAAGGACGUCAUACUACAAAUAAAGGCUUCCUCUUGGGACGUACGGAUUCAUUCAGGAGACGCCUUGCCUUUGAUCCCGAACCUCAGACUGUCCUCGAGUUUCAGAUCAGUCUCAAUAUCGCAACUCCCUCUGAAUAUCGAGACUCAGAUAACGGUGCCGGAGAUCGUGUACCGCUCUGAUCAUGCGACUGUGAUAUGUACCAUAACGAAUAGGGACAGCCGGCCUGCACAAUUGAGAUUCUCGGCCGAUAUCAGAGAUAUCGGUGCUGAUCCUGAUCACCCGACCGUGUCCGGAAAUCCAACGAUACGUAUCGAUGAGGACGAGAGGGCGGUUGCAUUCCGAGAUCAUCCUCUAGAGACGCUCGAGCCAGGCGCUCAGACAGAGGUUCGGCUGCAAAUAGCGUCACAGAGUGGCGCGACGCAACUUCUCGCUGUGGCAUUGCAACAAGUCAAAGAGGAAGGGACUAUCAGUGCUGAAUACAUUGGGAUUGCCAGCACGAAUAUCGCAUUUAUGGACCCGGUGGGAUUAGAUACUGCAGCGUGGAUCGAGUCCCUCCCGACGGCCGGGGAUGACCCUUUAGACAACCCCGGUACGGGUAAUAUCCAGAUCUCGGCCUCGUUUACUUUGAAAAUGGUCGGAGAUGUGAAAGUGGCAGUCCAGGGAUUAUCUUUUCGUCAUGCUCGACUGGACGAAUCGGGCAUAACACCAAGUCUCCAGUCCAUCGACAGCAUACGACCAGGAGAGUUCCCGCAAGUAUGGGGUAAAGGAGACUAUUAUGGCCUCUUCAACACCUACUUAGCCAAAAGCUUUAAUAGGCCUACCCUUGACCUAUUUGAGGGCUUCGUGGACAUUUCGUGGAAAAGGGAACAGCCAGACGCCCCCCUCUGUCACACGGUCCAACCCUUUUACUUGCGUUUCGACAUAUUGGAUUCGCUCGUUUGCACGAUCACGCCCCCGAAGCAGACGGUAUUGGGCUCCCCGUUCCGCUUCGAACUCGCGAUCUUGAACAAGCACGAAUUCCUCGAUACCGAUAAUCUCUCGAUCCAGCUGCAUCCCUCUCCAGCAUUCGCGUGGGCCGAUUUCCGACAGCUGCCUUUGCCUACGAUCAAGCCGAAACAGCGUUGGACAUUUACUUACGAAAUGACGCCGAUCACGGGAACCGGAUGGCAGGCAUUACCCCGCAUCGCAAUCACUGGUCGCGAGCGUGGCAUGCCGAGAGAACUGGUUCUCAGCGAUGGUCGAGAUCCGACCCGGCUUCAGCCUGCUACUGCGGGCUUGUCCGUUUAUAUCAGACCGUAGGAUCCGGCUUUCCAGAGCCGGUCAAGAUCAUGACCCUUCACGACAUUUUGAUGACUAGUGCGCACACAGCCACGAUGAGCAAAUGACUUGAUAGACCCAGGUUGUAUACAUCAUUAUAUUCCGCAUGCUGCAACGAUAUCAGGCAAAUAUUGCAACUUG